AUGGGCAAUUAUAUAGACAAAGGUUCACAUACAUUCGAUGAUAAUCAUGAUGAAAAUGUACGCGUAGAUUCCACAGAAGUCGCCGAAUUUGCAGAUCGUCUUUCUUUGUCCAACAGUACAACGAGCAUAGAAGUAGCACAGGAGGCGGGAGAAAGUUUAAAUUUCCACAUAUUCUCCUAUAAACAAUAUAUGCCAUGUAAAAAACGUCAAAUCUACAAAUGGGCCUCAGCUAAAUUGGCCCUUACCGAGGAAUUGAUUAGAACAAAUCAAUUGCGUACCAUACAACUGCAACAGUGCUCAUACUUAGAACCAGAUACCGAUUAUCUGACCGACGACGAAAUGGAUGAGGUCUCAAUAGAUAAGCAGUUGUGUUCAUUGGAAAAAUAUCGCACUGAAUUGGUUGAACUUAUUGGUCGUUUGUCGAUAAGUAAUCGAACAAAAUCACAAAAACGUAAAAAAGGUAAACGUUUGAAGCGACGUAAAUUGCUAUCGAAAUGUAAUAGCAACAGUAAUAGUAUGAAUACCGAUGAUUCGGAAAUGUCGGAUUCUUCAAAAAUAGGACUAAAUCGUGAUAAAAUUAUUAAGAGAACGCCUUUAAAAGUUAAGAACUAUUGA